GUCCCCCGUCCCCCUCCCCUCUCCCUCUCCACCCCGCCCGAGGCUCCGAACGUUGGAGCCCUCCGCCACCCUUCCCGGCCUUGGUUCUUGGCCAACGCCGCAGCGGACACUAAAGAGCACGGAUUAACUCCUGCGCUCGCCGGCCGCCUCCGUUACGACCCAUUUUCCGUUGCUCGCCUUCGCUUCGCUUCCCUCCCCUUCCUCGGCGGCGAGCCAGUAGGUCCCUACGCUCUUGUUCUGCUGAAGCUAGCUGGGUAGGUUAUCUGGACAACAUAAGCAACAAUGGCUGCCGAUAUUGGGCAGCGAAUCAGUGGGUGGUCAUGCUCGGAUUUGCCUUACAAUGACCACAGCACCCAGGAUUCUUCAGUUCAGCAAAUGGUGCUCAAUCAUGGUUCAAUCUCAUUUGGUAGAUUUGCUGCAGAAUCCUUGUCAUGGGAGAAGAGGUCAGUGUUUGAGCAUAACAGACGACAAGAGGAGCUAAGCAAGCUCACAGCACCUGGUUUGGUUGCACAAAAGAAGGCAUUCUUUGAAGAAUAUUACAAGAGAGCGAGGCAACUGAAGGCUCAAGGAGCAAUGCACCAGACUGAAGCCACAAUGGAUGAGAGGAAUGAUGAAUUACCUGCAGAUAUGUCAGAAGAUCCAUUGGCUAGUGCUCCAAGUUCUAGUUCUGAACCUAUCACUGAGGUCAGCUCAUCAGAUGAGAGGAAAUGCCAAGAUGGUCAUGAGCUUGGGUACUUGACAUUUAAUCCAUUAUUUUCUCAAACAGCAAGCUUGCAAAAUAUUCAAGAGGAGGAGAGGUCUAGCUCUGGUCAAAAGCAAUAUCUCGACCAGGAGUUCUGCACAGCACAGACAAGUAGCAAUCAUGGAUUCAGCUGUGAGGCUAUUGAGAGAAAAAUUCUUGCUUCAAAACGAGUGGUAUCAAAUGAUAAUGGUGAAAGUAAUGUUGCUGGCUCGAGAAUUGUCUUACCAAGAGCAAGUCUACAACCAGAAGGUUUGGAAGUUGGUCAUGAGAAGCGUGUGGCAAGAAAAAGUGUAGCUAUUGUUAAUAGAUCAAUGAAGAUAUUGAAGGACCUGCCAACUUCUGUUAUACACACCCAAAGGGUUGAUUUAAGAAGCAAUUCAGAAAGCAGGCCGUCUCAAGACUUGAAGGAUCCAUUCCACAAGAGAGUUGAGAUGAAAUUGUGUGCUUUAUCUGAUAGAUGGGACGCUGAUAGAACCGCAGCCUCUUCAAGAUCAGCUUCUCAUCAGCAUGCUGAUAGAGCAAUUACCUCAUGUAGAUCCUCAUAUCAAAAUAAUGAUAGAGUUGCAACAUCUUUCAGAUCCAGUUUGCGUCAGAACACUGAUAGAGUUUUGGCAACUUCUAAAUUAGCUGCUCAAGCUCCCCAAAAAUAUCUAAAUGGUGUGCAACGUUCAAAUGCCCUUCCUCGUGGGGUUUCAUUUAAUAAAGGAUCUGCAUCUCAUGUUGCAUCUUGCAACAGUACUGCUACUGGGAAAUUGGUUGCCAAGACAUUGGUGAUGCCCAGUUCAUCUCAAGUUAACGCAAGAACAUCAAAAACUGCUCAGGUUACAUUAAAAAGGUCAGCAGGACUUACUAGCAUAAAUGAUGGAUCGAAGAAUAAAAGGAUCAGGAAGCAGCUGAGCACAUCCGCAGCAUUAGAUGAAAAUAACAGGAAGAGAGGAUAUGUGCGUGCAUCUGCAUCUCUGAGUGCAAGAAGCAGCUCCGAAAAUUCUGCCCCUACAGCAAAGGCACCUAAGAUUUCAAAUAUGACAAAUUUGGUAGCCAAGACUGAACCUGUGCAGAAGUCAAGAUCCGCAAGUCAUACUGUUGGCGCUAGAUGUACGGAGGCAAAGCGCUCUCUGACCAGUGAACAAAACAGAAAGGUGCUCCGAUCGGGCGGUGGAAGGCAUGCUGAAUCCGGUAUGAGCAAUCUGAAAGGUGGUCCAUCCAUGAGUAAGAACAAGCCAAGGCAAGAGAGGCCACGAUGGCGAUAAUACGAUGAUGAUGAUGAUGCCGAGAGCACCGUGGGCGCAGUUGGCCCGUUUACACGCGAUGAUCAUCCGGCCCGGGAAGCCGGAAACCACCCGUUGGCCCAUUGCGGCAAGUAGCAAUCAACAAGGGGCCCGGUACAUAUGGCAAGAAUGCUGUCCUGUACUCCUGUAAGCUGUAGGUGGUCCACAUAGAUAGAUAUACUUGUUGGCCGGCUGGUUUCCGUUUUAUUUUACGUGGCGAGUCUUGGCCGGCAGCUCCAGUUAUUCUGAAUGGUUGGCCAGCUGUUUCAUCCUCGCUUGACUGUGGGCGGUGGUUGGUGCUGAUUUGUUAUAAAAUAAAAGUACUGGUGUAUGGUGGCUGAUGCUGAUUUGGUAUGAAAGAAAAAUACUGCUGACUGGUUGGCUAGUUGGCUGAUAA